UAAAGCUCGGGGACACCUGCCUCGCCUGAUCUUAUGAGGUGUAAGACGUUAGGGUCAAGUAGCCAUGCAAACUGAGAAAGAGCUGAAUACAUCUCACCUGCCAUCUCCCUUAUGUGUCACUCACUCGGUUCCCUUUCUGAUCUAUAAAUACCAACACCUCCCAGUCGCCACUUCACCUCAAUCCACUAGCAACAAGCAGCCUAUAUCUAUGCCAUUCAUGGCUAAAACUAAUGUCCUGCUCUCCUUUUCUCUUUUUCUUGUUCUCUUCCAUGGCUCCUUAGGUUUGACAGCUGAUCGCUCACGUCAGCAUCAAGGCCAGUGCCAGCUUGAUAGGCUCAACGCCCUAAAGCCUGGUAACCGCAUUAAGAGUGAGGCCGGUGAGACAGAGUCCUGGGAUCCCAACCAUGAUCAGUUCCAAUGUGCUGGUGUAGCCGUCGUCAGGAGGACCAUUGAACCCAAUGGCCUUUUGUUGCCAUCCUAUAGCAAUGCUCCUCAACUUGUAUACAUCGUCCAAGGUAGGGGUAUGACCGGGACCUUGAUGCCUGGAUGUCCUGAAACAUUCCAAGAAUCUCAAGAAUCGCAAGGUCAAGGCAGGCGCAGGUUACAAGACCAGCACCAGAAGGUUCAUCGCUUCCGAGAGGGUGAUGUCAUUGCUUUGCCUGCUGGAGUUGCCCACUGGUGCUACAAUGACGGCAAGGAGCGUGUUAUUGCUGUUACUGUCCUUGAUAUGGCUAACAGUGCCAACCAGCUAGAUGACAUGAAUCCUAGAAAUUUCUAUCUAGCUGGUAACCCACAAGAAGAGUUCCAGCAAGUACAAGGCCAGCCACGCCACCGUGGCGAGCAGCGAACAGGGCGAGAACCAUUUCGCGGGCAUGGCCAGCAACAAUGCAACAACAUCUUCUGUGGAAUGGACACAAGGUUCCUUGCUGAAGCUUUCAAUGUUAGUGAACAAGUAGCAAGGAAGCUUCAGAGUGAGAGUGACAGAAGGGGCAACAUUGUGAGGGUGAAAGGUGGACUUCAGAUUGUCAUGCCAAAGUUGAGACAAGAGGAACAAGAGCAAGGACAACGUGGAGAACAUCGCAAUGGCUUGGAGGAGACCAUGUGCACAAUGAGGAUUAGAGAGAACAUUGGCGACCCCUCACGUGCUGAUGUGUUCACCCCAGAAGCAGGUCGCAUUAGCACUGUCAAUAGCCACAAUCUCCCUAUCCUUCGAUACAUCCAACUCAGUGCCGAGAGAGGCGUUCUUUACAAUGAAGCUAUGAUGAUGCCACAUUGGAACCUGAAUGCGCAUAGCAUAAUGUACGCAAUCAGGGGUCAAGCACACGUUCAGGUGGUGGAUCACAGUGGUCGAACUGUGUUUGAUGGCGAAAUGCGCGAGGGACAAGUCUUGACAGUGCCACAAAAUUUCGCUGUUGUGAAACGGUCUGAUCAACAAAGUUUCGAGUGGGUAUCCUUCAAGACCAAUGACAAUGCCAUGAUCUCUCCUCUGGCUGGUCGCACCUCGGCACUCCGGGCCAUGCCAGCCGAAGUUCUUGCCAAUGCCUUCAGAAUCUCAGUAGAAGAUGCAAAGAGAAUCAAGUUCGCGAGGCAGGAAACCACUUUAACUAGCCACAGGUCGACUCGAUCUGGAAGUUGGGCCGAGGCCUAGUUGAGUAUAGAUGGGGCUACUGUUUAAUCUGAUGCUGCAUGCAGGCAAUUUUUUUUUAAAAAGAAAUCAAGGUAGAAAUAAAAAGGGGCUUUGAGGUCUCUUGUUAUGUAAAGUAGAGUUUGUGUAUCUACUUUCUAAUAACUACUGCUGCGUGUACCUUUUUACAAGUGAGUAAUGAAGUCCUGUAAUUAGCCUGC